UGGCGGACACGGCUCAGGAAGGUUUGCGGAACUGGCGAACCGUGAGGAGGGACGAUCCUUGUGGAGUUCAGUUGCGGCGAGACGCUUUUCACUCUCCACUGUUUUGUCACUGUUCAUGAUUUCUCAUUCUGAACCCACCACUCUUGAGGCCCACUCACCUCCACUGGCUUCCCAGUCAGAUAUCUAAAUAGUUUGAAUAGUAAGGGAAGGUCCUGCUACUACUGGUAUGUAGCUUGUCUCAUGUAGCCUUGUUCAGGCAGAAUGUUUUACUUGAAUUCUGAUGUUCAGAUUGGAAAAAAAACAAAACAAAACACAAAAAGAGAAACCCCUUCAUUCUUCUUGAAGGAACAGAUCAGAUAUAAAACAAAGAAUUGCUUUGCACCAAGCCAGCACGGAUACAGUGAAGGAAUUAUCAGAAAAGCAUAAUACAUAGGCUGUAGCAGAGGAGGAAUGAUUGUGAACAGCCUCUCACUGUGCUACCACAACAAACUCAUCUUAGCCCCCAUGGUUCGGGUAGGGACGCUUCCAAUGCGACUGCUGGCCCUGGAUUAUGGAGCGGACAUUGUUUACUGUGAGGAGCUGAUUGACCUCAAGAUGCUUCAGUGCAAGAGAGUUGUCAAUGAGGUGCUUAGCACAGUGGACUUUGUCGCCCCUGAUGACCGAGUCGUCUUCCGCACCUGUGCGAGAGAACAGAGCAGGGUUGUUUUCCAGUUGGGGACUUCAGAUGCAGAGCGAGCCCUUGCUGUGGCCAGGCUGGUAGAAAAUGAUGUAGCUGGUAUUGAUGUCAACAUGGGCUGUCCAAAAGAGUAUUCCACCAAGGGAGGAAUGGGAGCUGCUCUGCUGUCAGACCCUGACAAGAUCGAGAAGAUCCUCAGCACGCUUGUUAAAGGGACAUGCAGACCUGUGACCUGCAAGAUUCGCAUUCUGCCAUCGCUGGAGGACACCUUGAGCCUCGUGAAGCGGAUCGAGAGGACUGGCAUUGCUGCCAUCGCAGUUCAUGGGAGGAAACGAGAGGAGCGACCUCAGCACCCUGUCAGCUGCGAGGCCAUCAAAGCCAUUGCUGAAACCCUCUCCAUCCCUGUUAUAGCCAAUGGGGGCUCUCACGACCACAUCCAAGGCUAUUUGGACAUAGAGGACUUCCGACAAACCACGGCAGCCUCUUCAGUUAUGGUGGCCCGAGCAGCCAUGUGGAACCCAUCUAUCUUCCUCAAGGAGGGUCUACGGCCUCUGGAGGAAGUCAUGCAGAAGUACAUCAGAUACGCGGUGCAGUAUGGCAACCAUUACACCAACACCAAGUACUGCUUGUGCCAGAUGCUGCGAGAACAGCUGGAAUCACCCCAAGGAAGGUUGCUCCAUGCCGCCCAGUCUUCCCAGGAAAUUUGUGAGGCCUUUGGCCUUGGUGCCUUCUAUGAGGAGACCACGCGGGAGCUGGAUGCCCGGCGGGCCAAGCUUUUGGCCCGGACACCAGAGGAGGCAAGGGAGCCAGUUGAAGAUACCUCUGGUGUCGUUAAGAUGGCUGUCAAGUUUGACCGCAUCCCAAAGAAGGCAUUUCGAGGAAGAAGACAUUUCCUGAAAGCCCAGGCAGUGCUGUCAGGGCUGUGUGUGUUGUCCCAAGGGAGAGCAUACCCACCCCAGAUCACCCCCAAGAUGUGCCUGCUGGAGUGGUGCCGGAGGGAGAAGGUGGCACAGCCAGUGUAUGAGACGAUUCAACGCCCCCUAGAUCGUCUGUUCUGCUCUGUUGUUACUGUUGCUGAGCAAAAGUACCAGUCCACCUUGUGGGACAAGUCCAAAAAACUGGCAGAGCAGGCUGCGGCCAUCGUCUGUCUGCGGAGCCAGGGCCUCCCCGAGGGUCGGCUGGGUGAGGAGAGCCCCUGCCCGCGCAAGCGCAAGCGAGAGGGCCCUGACCAAGAUCCUGGAAGUCCCAGAGCUCAGGAGCCAGCACUGCUUGGGGAGCUGUGCAAGAAGCCCCUUCUGGCCUUGGGAAGUGGUGAAGAGAGCCUGCUGGAAGGCCGGUGACCACUGUCGCUGCCUGGUCACCUCCUCCAUGGGCCUGGCCCUAAGAUGACUCUGGGCACUGGAACAUGAACAGACACCAUUGGGCAAUUUGCUGGCCCUGCCUGGCAAGAGUUAGAGGUCUUGGGCCAUCAUCUUGGGGCACAGGCUAAGGGUUGCCCAGGAGUGGAUCCCAUCUCCCUUGGUGGGCCUAAGUGAUAGGACCAAGUUCUUAGCGUCCUCAGUAUUUUCUUUGAAAACAGGAGCUUUUCAGGUGGCACCUUCCCCUUGACAUCAGUAAAGUGCAAUAAAGAUGUUCCAC